UGCGUGGCCGUGGCUGGGAAUUGCAGCUCCGUGGUGCCAGGCUGGCGAGCGGCCGUGCUGCCGGUGCCCCCGGUGUUCACGGUGCUCCCGGUGCUGCUGGUGCUCCUGGUGCUGCCGGUGUUCCCAGUGCUGCCAGUGCUCCUGGUGCUGCCAGUGCUCCCGGUGUUCCCAGUACUUGUUCCUGGUGCUGCUGGAGCUCCUGGUGUUCCCAGUGUUCCCACUGCUGCCAGUAUUCCUGGUGCUCCCGGUGCUGCUGGAGCUCCCGUGCUGCCGGUGCUCCCGGUGCUCCUGGUGCUGCCAGUGUUCCCAGUGUUCCCAGUGCUGCCGGUGCUCCCGGUGCUCCUGGUGCUGCCAGUGUUCCCAGUGUUCCCAGUGCUGCCGGUGCUCCCGGUGCUCCUGGUGCUGCCAGUGUUCCCAGGCCCGGUGUUCCCGGUGUCCCCGGUGCUGCCGGUGCUCCCGGUGCUCCUGGUGCUGCCAGUGUUCCCAGUCCUGACGGUGAUCCCAGUGCUGCUGGUGCUGCCAGUGGUUCCAGACCCAGUGCUACUGGUGCUGCUGGUGUUGCUAGUGCUCUCGGUGUUACUG